CGUCUUGCAUUCUCCUCUUUAAACACGUGUUCUCCUCCUCCUCUCUCUCUCUCUCUCUCUCUCAAAUUGCUAUUCCUCCUUUCUGAUCAUUGAGAAAUAAAUCAAAUUCUAAUGGUGAUGAAAUUUGCAAUUAUUCGGAGUUCCGGACCAGCGAAGCGAUAUUUGAGUUGAAGAAUUGUUUGUUCUUAUGUGGGAUUUGAUUGAUUGUUUCGUUGAUUGAAAUUUUUUUGCUUCUCUUUUGGAGUAGUGAGCUGCUGUGGCCGUUGCUAUCAUGACUGUUGUUGCUAACCAGUUGAUCUCUGUACAACCAGAAGACCUCAAGUUUCAAUUUGAGCUGGAGAAACAAAGUUACUGUGAUCUUAAAGUUACAAACAGAACUGAAAACCUUGUUGCUUUCAAGGUGAAAACUACUUCUCCAAAGAAGUACUUUGUGCGUCCGAACACUGGCGUGGUACUUCCUUGGGACUCAUGCAUCAUAAGAGUCACCCUUCAAGCUCAACGGGAAUACCCCCCAGAUAAGCAAUCAAAAGAUAAAUUUCUCCUUCAAAGCACAACAGUUGCUCCACAUACUGAUGUCAAUGAGCUCUCAACUGAUACUUUUAGUAAGGAAGGCGAAAGAACAAUAGAGGAGUGCAAGCUUAAGGUCAUAUACAUGUUCCCUCAUUCAGCUUCCGGAAACGUACAAGAUGGAUCUGAACAAAACUUUGAUAAUCAAACUUUGCAGAGUCUCAAGGAAGAAAGAGAUGCAGCUGUCCGUCAAACACAACAGCUACAACUAGAACUGGAAGUUCUCAAGAGACGUAGAAAUCGUAAAAUUGAUUCAGGUUUCUCCUUUAUAUUUGCACUCAUUGUGGGACUCAUUGGAAUUAUGGCUGGCUUCCUUUUGAACUUGUUAACCUCACCUUCUGCGGAGUAAGCCAGCUAUCCUCACAAUUAUUUCAAAUUUCAGCUACAUUUAGUUACCAACUGAGAAGCUGGCUUAAUUAUUUUUUUUCUUUUAAUUUUCUGUAAAUCGUUCACAUAAUUGUUUCUUGGUUAGUGAUUCAUUCAAUGUUGUUGAAUAUCGAAGUUUAAAAGCAUUGAAAGAAAGGACCAGACAAGUAUUAAAUUGCUGCACAACUCCAUCUUUUAGUAAUCGAUGAAAA